AUGUCUACCGAGGCCACCGGCACCCACAAGGACCCUGUCACGGGGGAAAUGAUCUCCAAGCAGGAACUCAAGCGACGAGAAAAGCAGAGAGCCAAGGAGGCCAGCAAGGCCAGCAAGGCCGCCGCUCAGCCCCCCCAGGCAAAGCCCAAGGCGUCGUCAGCUGCUGAAGAGGAAGCCAAGUUGAACCCAAAUCAAUACUAUGAAAUACGAUCCCGUCAAAUUCUACAACUCAAGGCGUCACAGUCGCCGAACCCGUACCCCCACAAGUUCAAUGUGACUCGAUCGCUCGAGUCAUAUAUCGGGCUCUACGGCGCGGAGGGCAAGAUUCCCGCGGGGACCAAGCUCGUGGGGACAACGGAAAGCCUUGCGGGGCGCAUUCACGGCAUGCGCGCGAACAGCAACAACCUCCGCUUCUACGAUCUGCACGGCGAGGGUGUCAAGGUGCAGAUCAUGGCCAACGCCCAAGACGCAGAAGACCCGGCGUCGUUCCAGGCUGUGCACGACAUCUUCCGGCGCGGGGACAUUGUUGGCGUCACGGGCACGCCGUCGCGCACGAAGAUGGGCGAGCUGAGCAUCUCCCCGUCGUCGAUGACUCUUCUCACGCCGAAUCUGCACCAGCUCCCGUCGUCACACUUCGGGUUGAAGGACCAGGAGACGCGGUACCGCAAGCGCUACCUCGACCUGAUUCUGAACGACGAGACGCGGAAGCUGUUCGUGACGCGCAGCAAGAUCCUGCACUACAUACGCCGUUUCCUGGACGCGCUCGGGUUCAUGGAGGUCGAGACACCGAUGACGUCGCUGCUUGCUGGCGGCGCGACUGCGAAGCCGUUCGUCACGCACCACAACGAUCUAAACCUCGACCUGUUCCUGCGGAUUGCGCCGGAGCUGUACUUGAAGCAGCUUGUCGUCGGUGGACUUGACCGUGUGUAUGAGAUCGGACGUGUCUUCCGGAAUGAAGGUAUUGACUUGACACACAAUCCCGAGUUCACGAUCUGCGAGUUUUAUAUGGCGUACGCGGAUAUGGAAGACUUGAUGGAGAUCACGGAAGCUAUGAUUGAGGGUCUUGUGAAGACGAUCACUGGUGGAAGCACCAAGAUUUCGUAUCACCCGGACGGUGAUAAGGGCAAGGAGGGUGCGAGGGUCCUAGAAUUAGAAUUCAAGCGACCGUGGAAGCGAUAUGAUAUGAUCGGCACGCUUGAAGAGAAGCUGGGUGUCAAGUUCCCUCCUGGCCAAGAACUUCACACUGAAACCACGAACGCGUGGCUGAGGGAAUUAUGCACCAAGCACAAUGUGGAUUGCAGCGAACCGCGAACAAAUGCCCGUAUGCUUGACAAGCUCGUCGGCGAGUUUAUCGAGCCUCUCUGCAUAUCCCCCGCCUUCAUCGUCGGCCACCCACAAGUCAUGUCCCCCCUUGCCAAGUGGCACCGCUCUCGCCCGGGCCUCUGCGAGCGCUUCGAGGGGUUCAUGUGCGGGAAGGAGUUCUGCAACGCCUACACGGAAUUAAACGACCCCUUCGAGCAGCGCCUCCGUUUUGAGGAGCAGGCAAAGCAAAAGGAGCAGGGUGAUGAUGAGGCGCAGGGGGUUGACGAGACGUUUAUCGAUGCGCUGGAACAUGGACUCCCGCCUACCGGAGGAUGGGGUCUCGGAAUCGACCGCUUGGUCAUGUUCCUCACCGAUUCGACGAACAUCAAGGAAGUCCUCCUUUUCCCCGCCAUGAAGCCAGAGACCGUCGCACCCGCGCCUGCGGUCCCUGGCGGCCACCCUCUCGCACAGUCCGGCCAGGUGUAG